CCUUUCCCAAUAACUCGAGUUAUUGGGGCAAAGUGGUUAGUUCGCUAACUUGGUAUCAGAGCCUAGAACCGAAAGGUCAUGAUUUCGAAUCCUCAUGAGUCAUGACGACCCCCAUUUUCAGCCAUUUGUUUAGCACAAGGGAUGAUAUGUCCAACCUGUGCAAACUAAAGCCUCGUGGUUUGGCAGCACAAGGUUUCAACCUGUGCAAACCGUAAAAAUCCACAAUUCGGCAUCGGCUUUCGUUUGAGGGGGCGUAUAAGAGGUUAAAAGCUCUGUUUUCAGAACAGAACCGGAGGCUGAACCGAAAAAGUUAGUGGUUUAAGGGUUAACCGGUUAACCGUUACAAAACCGUUGGUGAACCGUUGAUAGAACCGUUAAUGAUAUAUAACAAAUUUUAAGAAUGAAAUUAUCAUUGACCAUAAACAAGUUCAAAUUCAUAUCAUCACGAAAAUAUCUAAUAAAUCAUUCCAACCAUCUCAUAAAAGAAACCAUAUUUUUUAAUUCAAAUUAAAAAUUACGGUUCUAGUUGGUAGUAGACAAUGUAAAAUCGACAAUAAGGUUGAGGAAGCAUAUAUAAAAUUAAUAAUUAUGAUUUGAUGGUUUUAGUUUAUGUUAAUUUUUCUUUUGUUACAAUAGUGAGCCAAUGGACUAGCUAAACCGUGUGGUUCAUCUGAUUUUAUGUUGAACCGUGAAAAACCGUUUGGUCCAUCAAUAACCGUUUAAAUAAUGAACCAGACGCUAUCAUAACUGGUUUGACGGUUCUACUGGCCCGGCCGUUGAUCCAGUUCGGUUCUUAUAACAAGGGUUAAAAGGCUUAACUAUCCAUUUCCCAACAACUCGAGUUAUUGGAGCCAAGUGGUUAGUUCGCUAAUACUUCAUUCCAUCGAUGCUUUUGCGUGUUUUACUAAUAUCCGUUUCAUACCCAGUUAAUAUAAGGAUUUCACGCGUCGAUCGGAUCGAGAACGUUUGGUAUCCUCAGUUGCGAAUUCGAUUGCCGUCCCUAACUAUUAUACAUAAAGCGUUACAUAUCUUGUAGCUUGGUGGUUGAAAUUAAUGCUGACCUAUAAAAGAGAGGUUUCAUGUUCGAAUCUCACUCCCAAUAUAUAUAGAACAUAAGUAUAUGUUUUCUUCCUGAUAUUUUUUUUCAGAUUUUAGAUGGUGUCUAGAACUUAGCUAAAGUACUCCAAGUGGCUCUACUCUUUUGAUAAUCUCUACCUUAUAUAAAGAAUCACAUUGUUCCAAUAAUACAAUAAAUCAAAAAAAAUGUGAAGGAUUUCAAAAUACAUCAAGUUACCUUAUUUUCAAUAUAUCGAAAAAAAAUCUCAUUCCAUAUUAUUCUCGUACUCGAUAAUGUUCCUCCUUACCUCAUGUUUUCUAUCCACUGAUUUGCACAUCGAACCCGCUCCUUUCAUGAAAUUUGUUUCGUCUGCCUGAAAAAAAUGGUUGAAACAUAGGCAGUCCGAAAUUGAUGGAGACAAAACACGUUGCUAUUGUAAUGUCGGACCUACAUACAAACGUACAUGAAACAGUUGUUUGAUUGUCACAUAAAGUAGCACUCGUCAGACCAAUACCUCACUCAAUGACGUCCCUCAACGUUUUGGCAAUGGGCUAAAAAAAAGCCUAUAUAAAGAUAAAAAAAAAGAAGCCUAUAUCUUCGUAUUCUUCCUUCUGCUCCAUAGUUCCUCGAAGAAUAUUACAGCUACUUUAGAGAGAUGAAUUACGCCUGCAAAACCCCGAAUCACCAUUCCACCAUGAAAACUCAUCACUUCCAUUUCAAGACUCGUCGGCACAAUUACCCACAAGUGGUUAGCGCUAAUCAUCGUGUGAUGGGUAAUGAUUAUGAUCAUGUGAUGAUGAUCACAAGCAAAUCCAACGUUAAUCCCUCCGUCUUGCGGCUACACAAGUCUCCAAGUCCGCCGGCAGACUCAGCCAAGGAGAGAGUAGUAUCAGCCGACGAAACUAAGUAUCCCUCGACGGGGAAGUUCGGUAGGUUCGGUGGCAAGUUCGUCCCCGAGACUCUGAUUUCCUGUCUGGAACAACUUGAAGUCGUCUUCCAUCAAGUCUUGAAAGAUCCGGAAUUUAAGGAGGAGCUAUCGACGGCCCUAAAGGACUACGUGGGCAGGGAAACCCCACUGUACUGCGCGGAGCGGCUCACGGCCCACUACAAGGCCCAAAACAUGGGCCGAGGCCCAGACAUCUACAUCAAGCGCGAGGACCUGGCCCACUAUGGAGCGCACAAGAUGAACAACGCUCUGGCCCAGGCUAUGAUCGCCAAACGGAUGGGCCUCACCGCCGUCGUAGCGGCCACCGGUGCGGGCCAGCACGGCGUCGCGACCGCCGCCGCAUGCGCCAAGCUCGGACUCAGCUGCACGAUCUUCAUGAGCACCGCCGACAUGGAGAAACAGCCGUCGAACGUCGACCUCAUGACCCUCCUCGGCGCGAAGGUCGAGCCGACGGCGGGGAAUUUCAAGGACGCGAGCUCGGAGUCGAUUAGGGUUUGGGCGGGAAAAUUGGGGGAGGUCUAUUACCUGGCCGGAGCGGCGGUCGGGCCCCACCCUUGCCCGACGAUGGUUCGGGAGUUUCAGUCGGUGAUCGGGAGGGAGACGCGGCGGCAGGCGGCGGAGAAGUGGGGCGGGACUCCCGACGCGGUGGUGGCAUGCGUCGGGAGCGGAUCGAAUGCGCUGGGGAUUUUCCAUGAAUUCGUGGGUGAUCCGACGGUGAGGCUUAUCGGAGUGGAAGCGGCCGGGUUUGGGCUGAACAGCGGGAAACACGCGGCGACGCUGGCCGCCGGCGAAGUAGGGGUUUAUCACGGCGCGAUGAGCUACUUGUUGCAGGAUGAGGAAGGAAACAUUAUCUGCCCGCACUCUAUCGGUGUUGGAUUGGAGUAUCCCGGAGUAGCACCGGAGUUGAGCUUUCUUAAGGAGUCGGGACAAAUGGAGUUCUACUCAGCAACAGACAAAGAAGCUGUCGAUGCGUACAUAAGGGUGGCGAAAUUAGAAGGCAUAAUCCCGGCACUGGAGGCUUCUCAUGCGUUUGCGUAUCUGGAGAAACUGUGCCCUACUUUGCCCGACGACGCCAAAAUCGUCGUGAGUUGCAGUGGCCGAGGUGAUAAAGAUGCAACCACGGUUUCUAAGUACCUGGGUCUUUAAGGGAAGCUGGACAGUAUGCGGAAACUAUAGUUGCAAUGCAAUGUAAAUACGAUAAAGCAGAUGCAAGUAUGCAACUAUAUGUACGAUUGGUUAAAAACUAGAGAUGUGAUUGAGGAUGUAAAAGAUGUGAUGAAGACUCGAGAGUUGGUCUUUUGUGGGGAUGGAUGCAUGGGGACGGAGUAGCGUAAUAUUAUGUACAAUUGCUACGCUUCGAUUUUUAAACAAGAGAUCAUAUAGUAGGAAAAAGAAUCUUGCCAUUAAGGAGAGCAAAUGGAGUAUCACAUCACAUACGACUCGAAAAAAGAGAAAUAGAUGAGGUUGUCGAAGGGAAUUCAUUGUAAACAUCACGUGGAGGAUUUAAUUAGAUGCAUGUAUUGGAGGUGUCGAAAGUGCAGACUUUUAAGGGCGGACAAGGUGCUUUAAAGGGAGAGGAUUUUUUUUACGAGAUUGAGUCGCCGUGACAAUUCCGAUAUCUAAACUUGCGUAUAAUUUAAUAUCUUUGUGUUUCAUAUUAUUUUAGGAAUAAGGAUAACUUUCCUCAAGUAGAGGAAUCUGAUCUCAGUAUACGUGGAAGAGAAAUAAAUGCACAGAAAAUGAGCACGUUUUGUUUUCCAACCAUGCAUUGAUAAUUUGAUAUCGACAGGCUUAUCCUCUUAAUUCUUCUUCUGUGCUGCUACGUAGCUAGCUGCCACCUGCCUUACUGGCGACAUGGCCGAUGGAGGGAGGAGCUUUAUAAAACAUUGCCAACUUGACGAAAUCUUGAGUUUUUCAGGCAUGGGCUAUUUGUAGGUGGAAGGGGAAGGGAACUAGUUAUUGUGUUUUUUUUGGGGUAGAAAAUGGAGAGUUUAAAGUUGCAUUCUCUAGUUCUACCACGGGUAGAGAACUAGUUAAGGGUUUAAGGCUACAAUUAGGCCUAUCGAUAUACAUGUUCUCAUCCUGAUUAACCUCUCAGAGUUACACCGAUAUAAGUCACACGAUCUCUGCAACCGUCGAGAGGUGUGAAAUUUGUAUAUAUAUACAAACCCAAAUCGAAACAAACACUUAAUUUCUCUUUCUUCAACUGAGUCUCACAAAAACAAUAAGUAUGAAUUUAAAGCUUGCACAUAUUCGUCAUAUCGUGUGUGUCUGGAAUCAAAAGUUAAUAAUUAGGGUAAGUGAAAUCUGAAUAUGAGAUUGUAAAAGAUGUCAAGAUGGAAUUAGAGUUGGUCCGUUGGUGAUGGAUGGAGAGGAAAAAGUAACAUAAAAUUCUCUGCAAUUGCACGAAUAAGGGCUUAAUAUAGUAAUAAUAUUACUAGUUUUGAAUCUGGAAGUCUCAAAUUCGAAUAUUUAAAAGGGCAAAAUUUGGCUGCUGGCUGUGUUGCAGCCCUCCGCUGCUACCAGCCAUGUGGCACUAUGUGAUUGAUUUCAUUUGGUUAAUUAAUUAUUACUUUGAUGCUGGUUAAAAAAGGACGGAACAGAAAUUGAAAAUUGGAUGCUCUUUUUUUUACGGGACGCGGACGUAAGAGCUGGCCGACGUCAAAUGAUUUAUUUUGCUUUAUAUUUUGUUUUAUAUAUUUUUUUUGUUAUCAUGCUUCAUACAUAUUGUUGUGGUGAUUUCGCUGUACAAUAAUAACAAAAUCAUCUCAUAUCAAAGGAAAGCCAUCAUGUUUGGGUCAUAUUAGUUUUAAAUUCUAAUUUCUAUCUAUCUAAAGUUUUCUGUAGAUAGAUAUUAUAGUUGUGUUACUCUAUAUAAUAUUAUAGUAUUUCUCUUUUUUCAAAGAUAGUGUAAUAAUAACAACAUAAGAUA